AACACCUCAGGGAAGUAAGUAGCCGAAGCAGCAUUAACUGGUUUGGUGUGGCGAGAACCCGUUCCGCUUCAGCUAAGUCCUCCAGGGCCUCGGGAAUCACACAACACUCUGGAAGCCAGCUGUCUCCUUCAGAAAGGUCAUUUGGGCUUUGGCAGGAGACGGGCGUUUUCUCCCCGGCGAGGGCCGGAUGGAGAGAGAUGUAGGCCGGGGUCGUCGGGAAUAAUUCAGCCGGGUCAUCCUCUGGAGCCUUUUCUCUUGGAUCAUGAAGCCCGGAACGGUCUGGAGAGCCCUGGAGUUCAUCUGCCGGUUUCUGGGAGUGUCCACGGCUGCAGUGUUGAUCGGCGUGGGAGUUGAAACCUUCCUACAAGGGAAGUUCAAAAGCCUGGCGUUUUAUUUGUUGUUUUCAGGGGUGGCGGUUUUCAUAUGUGAAGGUUCCUAUUUUGUGGCUCUGCUGCUUUCGACUUGCUUCACGUGCCCGCCGGAGUCUCUGGCCUACGCCCUACGGGAAAAAGCCUCCAAACCGGGGAGCUUCCAGAAAUUCCUCGGCUACCUGCUGCUGUCUGUGGCCUGUUUCCUGCACCCGGUGCUCGUCUGGCACGUGACCAUCCCAGGUUCCAUGCUCAUCCUCACUGGCCUGGCCUAUUUCCUUCUGAGCAAACGGAAGAAGAGCAAAAGCGGCCAGGAGUUGUUUUCGACCCCAGAGCGAUACACAGACCCCUCGGGCAGCGCCGUGAGCAGCACCCGCGGCGGAGACACCGAGCAGAUCUACACUUUCCACGGCCCCUUUAAGGAAGGCCGGACCUCGCUCCUCGUCCACAUGAAGAGCAUCCUGAAGGGCAGCCGAGAUCAACCGGCCAGGGCCCCGGACGCCAAGAUGGAGCUGGCCCUGCAGCCGACCGAGGCCCCGGCUGGAAAGAAGCAGGUGCAUUUUGAGGAGAAAGUGGUUAAAAUCAUCCCUCCCACGAUGGAGAGCCCUGAAGACCAGGACAGCGAGCCCGAGGAAACUACAUCCGACACAACGCCCAUCAUCGCUCCCCCAGAGAGCUCUCUCUUCAUGUCUUCUCUUGCCGCCACGAGUCUCUUCUGAGCCUCCACGGUCACCUCACCUGAUCUUCAUCUCCCUGAACCCAGAGGAUUCUGGAAAGGAGGAUCACGGACACUUAGGGUUCCUCUCAAACACACUGCUCCACCCGGGGCUUCCUUCCUUAGCUUCUUUCAGGAGAGCUCAGAAGGUUUUAUUCUACUCAUGCUCCCCCCCCCCGCCCCCACAGCAGGAUGGAUGAGUUGCAGGUGGAGAAACUGAGGCAGGCCCACGUGAAGGGACUUGUUGCUGGUCACCCCUUGAGUUAAUAGGUCGAGUCAUGAUUUCUCAAGCUGAAUGUAGCAGAAUUCCUUACCGGACACCUGCAAAAAUUUUCAGAGUCAGCAAGAGGGCGAGAAGAGAACAGGAGACACGGAGUGAUAAACUGGACAAGAAAAUAUAUCGGUUCUGAGACGACCAACCCUGGAAAGGAUUUUCUAGCUUCAUGUAUUUUCCCGUGACUUGGACUGUGUCUCCAGACUCAUUAUCAAUCAUUCGGUGUUCUUUAUUGAGCACUUCCUAUGUGCAGACCCUGGCACAAUGGAAGCACUUAAACACCUCAAAUCAAUUCAUUUGAGUUGGUAGGCAAUAUUUAAUUACGAAAAGGCAACUCAAAUGUCUCAGAAAUAAUGGUCACCCAAUUCAUGAGUGUCCAAGAAACUUAAGUUAAUAGGGUACAAUCUGGGAGAGAGGAGAAACAUAAGGUGUCAUUGAUAAUAAUAAUGGCUUUUGUUAAGAGCUUACUAUGUCCAGGCA